AUGUCUGAAAGUUUAAAACAUCUGAUAAGUAACAAUAAUAAUAAUAAUACAAGAGAUAGUAAUAUGCACAUCGAACAUAAUGAUCAUUAUCUACCAUCAUCACAACCGUGGCGUGACACAAUGCAGCAAGAUUUAUUUAAUCAUCAUCAUACAGGGAGUUUGAUAUCGUCAUGGCGAGAUCGGGAACAACAAUCGUUUACAGAUUUACACGAUUCACUAAGAAUGUUACCUCCAACAUUUUACGAGCCACCCGGCCAUCAUCUUGCACAUUACGAUAGUUCAUCAUUGACUGUUCCAUCAUCAACAUCAUGUUAUGCAUCAACAUCAGAUCCGCUCGAUCCUCUCUCUCAACAUCAUUACCCUUAUGGAUCUUAUGGACAUCAUUCGUCAAUCAAACCUGAACCACCUCCAUCAUCAGCUGCUUCGUCAACAUCAAUAGCAUUACCAACGCCAAUGAAUGUCAAUGUUUCAAUGAAUUUUAACUCACAUAGUGUUCAAUAUACUGGUUAUCCAGCUCCAUUUAGUUUCACAAAUCCGACAACGUCAAGUUUACCAUAUGAACAAUUCUACAGGCACCAUCAUCACCAUUAUGACCAUCCAACUGAUGUCAAACAUUCAUUUUUACAACAGUCAGCUGCCGAUGCCACAAAACAAAUGUUACUAUCAGCCUCAGUUGGGGUUGGCUGUGAUUAUAAAGAUAUUUCUAAAUUUUGCGAAUUGUUCCCGACAACGGAAAAGCGAGGACCAUGGAUACCUUCUCAAAAAUCGAGUAAAGUAACUGAAGGACGAAUAAAUCGGUGUCGCAUUUGUGGAAAAAUCUACGCAAGACCAAGCACAUUGAAAACACACAUGAGAACACAUUCGGGAGAAAAACCGUACAAAUGUGAUAAAUGUUGCAAGGCAUUCACACAGGCAGCAAAUCUCACCGCACAUUUACGAACACAUUCUGGUGAAAAACCAUUUUCAUGUGAUAUAUGUCAUCGAAAAUUUUCUCAAAGUUCAUCCGUUACAACUCAUAUGAGAACACAUUCGGGAGAAAGACCGUAUCAAUGCCGUUACUGUCGAAAAGCAUUUAGUGAUAGUUCAACAUUAACGAAACAUACCCGUGUUCAUAGCGGAGAAAAACCUUAUACAUGCGAUUUAUGUCAUUUACGUUUUUCGCAAUCAGGAAAUCUCAAUAGGCACAUGAGAAUACACAAUUCACAAACAAAAAAUUAA